AUGAUAGCUUCCGAUUUUAAUAAUCAAACAAUCCGGCUCUGGGAUAUUGCAACAAAUAAAUCGCUUCAAAUACUCGAAGGUCAUUCGGGUUCGGUUUAUUCGGUUGCUUUUUCGCUGGAUAGUAAAGUGAUAGCUUCCAGUUUUAGCAAUCAAACAAUCCGGCUCUGGAAUAUCAUAACAGACGAAUUGCUUCAAACACUUGAAGGUUAUUCGGAUUCAAUUUAUUCGAUUGCUUUUUCGCCAGAUAAUAAAGUGGUAGCUUCUAACUCUAACGAUAAAACGAUCUGGCUUUGGGAUGUUAAUAUCACAACAAGCGAAUCGCUUCAAACACUUGAGAGUCAUUCGGAUUCAAUUUAUUCGAUUACUUUUUCGCUAAAUAAUAAAGUGAUAGCUUCCGGCUCUAGCAAUAAAACAAUCCGGCUCUGGGAUGUCGCAACAAGCGAAUCGCUUCAAACACUCGAAGGCUAUUCAGGCCUAGAGGCAUCUUCAGCCUUUGAACGCUACUCUAUAUCAAACCAUUGGAUAGUUGAAAUAGUAGAUAGAGAAAUGCGAAAUACGAUUUGGCUACCUCCAGAGUGUCGAUUAUCUAGUACAUCUUGUUAUAAGGGAAUUCUAGCUCUAGAAGUUCCUUCCGGUUGUAUUUUCAUCUUGAAGCUUGAGUAUGAAAGUUUUACAUCCUCUAGAUCAAAACAAGCUUUAGUUUAA